AUGGAGAAUCACGUUGGCAGCAAUGGCGUUAUCUCUCAGGAUGAAAUCCCCGCGGUAGUUAAAGACGUCCUACCCGCCGAUCCCUUCGACCUUCUUAACUUAUCCCGAUUAAUAGCCGCUCAGGCCUUCACAGCGCGUAUCCACACUCUAGAAGCGGAGGCGGGUAAGCUGAAGGGUAGCUUAGGCGAGAGCCAGUCGUCGAUUAACGCGCUGGAGGCGAAAGUUGCCGACUUGGAACUCACGCUAAAGGAGGCCAAUGAAAAACGGGAGGCUGCAGAAGAGGAACAGGCCAAGCUCACAGGCGAGAAGACAGCUCUCGUGGCGAUGGUGAAGAAACUCAACAGAGACGUUGCCAAGCUCGAGACCUUCCGUCGCACCCUCAUGCAACAACUCAAGGACGAAAACGACGACGAGCCCGCGUCCGAGGUGGGCAUGGCGGAGAGUGCAUCUGGCAGGAAGCCUCCGGUUCCCGAGUCGAGUGUGACGUCCGAAUCAAGUGCUUCAACCACCAAGACGCAAACAGAUGUCUCGGUAUCUCUGGCAGCAGGAGUGGCAGGGCCAGGGGCGGGCACAGCACUGAGGGUUGACCACGUGGCAAGAUCAACGGCUGCUGCUGGCUCUGCCACCGUGGCGUCUACCAUGGACCAUGCGGGUCCAGGAGAGGACGCAGCUCGCAGCAACAUCACCACUACCGGACAAGCAGCAGCAAGCACCACGGGCAGCAGCAGCAGUGUGAGCGCGAGUCUGAGGAACCUGCGGACGCCCCAACGCACGCCCUCCAUGACCCCCUCGCUCUUCUCCCCCGCCUUCACGCCCUCCGCCACGCCUCCCCACGGGAGCACUGCUGCCUCUCCCCGCUCGCGCACUGAAGCUCGAGCUCCCCGGGUGGACGGCAAGGAGUUUUUCCGACGAGCAAGGAACCGUCUGUCCUAUGAGCAAUUCAGUCUCUUCCUGGCGAAUAUCAAGGAGCUUAACGCACACAGGAAGACACGUGAGGAGACUUUGAAGAAAGCAGAGAUCUUUGGGACUGAGAACAAGGACCUCUAUGCUUCGUUUGAGACCCUGCUGCUGUUCCUUACUUACCUCCCGCUUCUCCCCCUUCCUCCCGUUUCUUACGUCUCUGUCUGCCCUGCUCCAACAACCCAUUGCUCCUAUGAGCAGGAGACUCUGAAGAAAGCAGAGGAGAUCUUUGGGACCGAGAACAAGGACCUGUAUGCUUCGUUUGAGACCCUGCUCAGUCGUCAUCUCCCAACAUAG